AUGGCUGGAAUGGCAUGGACCUUGCACCCUGCGCGCUUCUACGAGAAGUACGGUACGGUGCUGGUCCAGCUCUGGGAUUCGGGCGCCAUGAGCACCCUCUUCCGGCCAGUGAGACGUCUCUCCAAAACCAUCGGCGACGCCCUCGCCACUCGCCGUCGCCGCUCGAGCACCUCCGAACCGGACGUCCCGGAGGGAGAGACAUCGGCGCUGCAACUGACGGAGGAGACCGUCCCCACCAUCGACGAGGCACAGGGCAGGGCGUACUUCGUGCCGGGCGACACUUCCUCUUCUCCCAGCUCGUCCGAGGAGAAUGAACUGGCCUUCCAGGGUGACGUGUACACGCAGAUGCGGCGAAGCCGGCGGCAGACCGCACGCACCAAGAAGAUACGCGAAGCCCGCAAGCAGUUUCUCGAAGGCACCAGCAGUCGCAGGUCUGCCAAGCAUCGUCGCAGCCGCCGGCGGCCGUCUCUUCUCAUGUCCCCGAGUGUGCGCCAGACGCUCCGUGGUACCGGCACGCCGCUGACUGAAAUGGAAGAGUCCGGGAAGCCUCGAGUAAUCAUAAUGGAUGCUGCGAGCUCUCCUACUCCUGCAAGCGGGGAGCUCUCUCCAGAGAUCAGCGAAGGCGCCAAAGAGGGUGCCGCUGACGACGGUGCAGGUCGCGCGCCGGCUAUAGGCCCAGCCAAACUUAUGGGCGACAACGACAGCCUCCGCAGGUUCAGGGCGAUCCAUGGCCGCAAGAAGGUGAGCCGUUCGCCGCCACCAUGCGUCACGAGUGAUUUGUCCAACUCAGUGACUGACCUCGACCGAGGUGUCGCUAGUGGCCACGCGAUCGUUCCCCAAGAGCUUCUACUAGACAACGACAGCGUCUAUAAGUUCAGGGCCAUACGCGGCCGCAUGAAAAUCGCUAGUCCUUCGCUUUCGGAAGACAGCAGCCUUCAGCCGGAACCGAUGGGGGACCUUCACCGAGGCGGCAAGCCUGCCCAGACAAUCACCCCCGACGAGCUUCUGGCGGACAACGACAGUCUUUGGAAGUCUAGGGCCACUCACGCAGAGAAGGCAAGGUCCUCUCAAUCACCUAGCGCCAGUUCUCAGUUGGAGUCGCAGACGGAGUUUCAGCCUGCACAUAUCCAGUUGGCCGCUAGAUCGGUAGUAGAUGGCCCAAUAUCUGAUUCUCAGGAUAUCACUGCAAUGGAAGGUAGAACUACGAAAUCAGCCGUCGGAAAGACGCAAGCCAGGUUGUUACACGAGGCAUCAAAUCUGGACAGCUCCAAAGACAGCAGCGCACUUUCGAAGCAGAUCUCGCCACCUGACACAGAUAUCCAGAACUCCUCGUCACGACAAAAUAAAGUACCCGCCUCGCUCCUGACCGCAUCAAAAAAGAAAAUAGCAGAAGCAAAUGGCGAUUCGGGACAACUCAAGAAGGCCAGUCAAACUUUGAAAGGGAAGAAGUCAAAGCGUUCUCAUGACACACAAAAGCCUUUGGAGUACACGAGUGGCCUAGACGCCACUGGAGUAGGAACACCUGCUGCCAGAAGCGGAGAAACGACUAGGAAAAACAGCGCGCUGUCGACCGAAUGUCUGUCAGGUGGGGCCAGGACGCAGAUAGAAAGUCAAGACGUGGAGGCUAAGCGUCGUCCAAUAGUUGUCGAAACUAGAGCCACGAUCAAAGAAGCCUCCGAAAAGGACUCUGCUUUGCCAUUCGCUGAAAGAUCCGCGGAGGUACAACGCGCUCCUGGCAACGUGCACGCAUCGGCGAGUGGAACUUUUGGAAUGCACCCAGAAUCUGAAGGGCCCAAUCAAGAUGUCACGGUUCACACUGAGAGUCAAGAAAUAUGGAAAAGUUUCGAACCGCCACAACGCGCCAAGACGGGGAUAACUAUGUCGGUUUCCGAGGAAGACCAAAAAAACAGGCCAACAGAAGCCGCUACGCCAUCAGUAUCGGCAAUUUCCGCCGACUCCACCAUCUACGAGAGCGACGACUUGGGGCAAGCCACCUCAAGCGACGAGACUGUAGGAAAGCCCCGAAAGAAGACCCACUCCGUGAAAUGGGGAAUUCGCAACGUAAAGCGACACAAGAAGCGGCAUAAAAGGCGCCCUCCAGUGUCAUUCACUUUAGAGAACACGUCGCAGGCGUUGAGCACGCCGAGACGAUCGGUGCUGGACAGCACUACUACCGAAGGUUCCGGGCGGAGUCCGUCACUAGCGAUCUUGGCAUCACAGGCUGCAGGGACAUCGGGUCGUCAUGGCCGGCGUCACAGUGGCAGGCGCAGUUCUAAAGGGCAGACCAAGGAAGACGCCGAGAUCCGGUUCCGCAAAGCAAAAAAGCACUCGGACAAGAAAGCGAGGGCCAAGCCGGUCGUGACGGUUCCUGGUACUGGCGCGGAUGCCGUUUCGCCGGAGACAAAACAGGAGGUGUCCAGAACGGCGAGCAGCCCGGCUUUUAAAUCCACAAGUACGACGCUCGCUUCCGGGGUAGUCUCCGAGACGGCGAGCAGAGAUUCCGUCAGAGAGGUGCAGGUGGGCAGCGGCCAGACUACAGUGCCGAGCCGUUGUUCUGAGCCCUCGGUAUCUGCGACCACCGUUGCGCCUGUCUUGGCAACCGCUGGUCCUUCGAGCCGAGCGCAACCACAGCAGGACGCAGCAAAGCUACAAGGAAAGGACCCGACGCGGCGGCGUGACGAUCCGAGCCGUGACAACAAUGGGCCCACUUUCUGGCCAUUUAGUCCUAAUCCUUCGACGAAGAAAUAA